AUGGGAGAGAGUGCAGCCACCAAUAACCACCACCAGCACGACCAAGUAUUUAACAUUUCUGUCGACGUGCCACCACAUUUAAGCUCCAAGUGUAUUGAUGAUGAUGGUCGACCCCAAAGAACCGGGACUGUUUGGACUGCCAGCGCACACAUAAUAACUGCGGUUAUUGGAUCCGGAGUGCUUUCUUUGGCAUGGGCUAUAGCACAGUUGGGAUGGAUUGCUGGUCCAACAGUGAUGUUCUUAUUCGCCUUUGUGAUUUAUUACACCUCAACUCUCCUGGCUGAUUGUUACCGGUCCGGAGAUCCCCUAUUUGGCAAGAGAAACUAUACUUACAUGGAUGCUGUUCGAUCCAAUCUUGGCGGUUCUAAAGUAAAGUUAUGUGGCCUAAUUCAGUAUAUGAAUAUCUUUGGAGUGGCCAUCGGAUAUACGAUUGCAGCAUCUAUAAGUAUGAUGGCUAUCAAAAGAUCCAAUUGCUUUCAUGAAAGUGGAAGAAAAAAUCCAUGUCACAUGUCAAGCCUCGGAGUUGCGAAAGUUGCAGCUAAUGGAACCAUAGGAGGUAGUUUCACUGGAAUAAGCAUUGGAACUGUGACUCAAACACAAAAAAUAUGGAGGAGUUUCCAAGCUCUGGGGAACAUUGCUUUUGCAUACUCAUUUUCAAUCAUCCUCAUUGAAAUUCAGGACACAGUCAAGUCCCCACCAUCAGAGGCAAAAACAAUGAAGAAAGCCACACUCAUAAGCACUUCUGUAACAACACUCUUCUACAUGCUGUGUGGCUGCAUGGGCUAUGCAGCAUUCGGAGACCUUUCCCCCGUUGCUGCAGCAGCUGGUUCCAUUGCUGGUGUGGUGCUUGAUCUUAAGAAAGAAGUCCACAAGAGGAGAAACUAUUAUGAGGGGUGGAGAGAAGUAGUGAGGAGGGUGUUUAUGAAUGGUGGUUCAAUAAGGAGAAUAUUGGGAUUCAGUAGGACCGGGAUUGCAGGGUCCAAGAGCGACAUUUGGCUUUUUGGUGCUUGCUAUGGAGUUGCUCAAGAUGAGGAUGAUGCUAAUUAUUCGUGUUCUGAUUCAACUCAGAACGACGGAUAUGCUGCUUUUGUUGAUGAUUUCUCGUCGCGGAUUUUGAUCACAUACAGGAAAGGGUUUCUGCCUAUUGGAGAUUUGAAAGCAUUCCUUAUUCAUAAAUUAGGAAGAUCGUGGAGGAAAUCUCUGCAUAAGAUAUGUUCGCAUCGUCAUAUUGAUGCGAUUCUAAUUAUGCAGCCACUUGAUCAAAGUUACAUUGAAAUAUUGCUUCUUUUUGGGGAUUCCGAGGACUCACCUUACUCUAUCCAUAAUCUUCUCCAAGCUGGAAAAGCUUAUGGCCUUGCUUCAGGAUCAUGGGUAGGCCCAUAUGCCAUGUGCCGUACCUGGGAAAGUUUGAUUCGUAGUAAGAGGGAUGGGACUAAUUAG